GAGACACUGCAGGCUAUUAGGAUGAUUUACACUCAAGCACUGUUGCGCUUUCCAGGAUACUUCAAAUAAAAAAAAAAUAAAAAGAUGGACACAACAACUUCUGUUUGCGCUCUGUUAAAGACGAGGAUUUUUUACACGCUGUGAGAAAAAAAAUUGAAAUUGACAGCUAAAAAGCGGGUGAGAAGUUUGACGUUAUUUACUGAGGGUCUUUCACUGUGACUUCAGACCAUGGCCUACACUCUAGGCUCGACCCCUGAGGGCCAGACUCCAAAUGUCGGACCCCAGCACUGCAUCACACGCGUGGAGCUAUCCGUCACUGCGGCCAACCUGCUGGACAGAGACGUCGCCUCCAAGUCUGACCCCUUCUGUGUUCUCUUCCAUGAAGUGGACGGAAACUGGGUGGAGAUCAGCCGCACAGAGACAGCUGUCAACAACCUGAACCCAGUGUUUGGAGUGAAGUUUCAGGUGGACUACCACUUCGAGGAGAUUCAGAAGCUCCGCUUUGCCAUGUUUGAUGAAGACAAGUGUGCAACACAGCUCUACGAACAUGACUUCCUGGGAGAAUUUGUUUGUACACUGGGAGUGAUCGUGUCCAAUAAAAAACUUCACAGACCACUGAUCUUAGCUAAUGGGAAGCCAGCUGGCAAGGGAUCUAUUAUGAUUACAGCUCAGGAGCUGUCUGACAACAGAAUCAUCACUCUGACCCUGAGUGGGCGCAAACUGGAUAAGAAGGACUUCUUUGGUAAGUCAGAUCCCUAUCUGGAGUUCCACAAACAGGGAGAAGAUGGAAAAUGGAUGCUAGUGCACAGGACAGAGGUCAUAAAAAACACUUUGGACCCAGUGUGGAAACCAUUCACUGUGCCUCUCAUCUCUCUCUGCAAUGGUGAUGUGGAUAGAAACAUCAAAGUCCUGUGCUAUGACUAUGAUAACGAUGGAGGCCAUGACUUCAUUGGGGAGUUUCAGACCACUGUCGCCAAGAUGAGUGAAGCCCAGAACUCGAAAGAGGUGGAGUUUGAAUGCAUCAACCCCAAGAAACAGAAGAAGAAGAAGAACUACAAGAACUCAGGGAUUAUUGUUCUCAAGUCAUGCAAGAUUACAAGGGACUACAGUUUUCUGGACUACAUACUGGGAGGAUGCCAGCUCAUGUUUACUGUCGGUAUAGACUUCACAGCAUCCAAUGGGAACCCUCGAGAGCCCUCCUCCCUCCACUACAUCAACCCACUGGGCAGCAAUGAGUAUCUGUCAGCCAUUUUAGCUGUAGGACAAAUCAUACAGGACUAUGAUACCGACAAAAUGUUUCCUGCUCUUGGAUUUGGAGCCCAACUCCCACCAGACUGGAAGGUGUCACAUGAAUUUGCUAUCAACUUUAACCCAACCAACCCUUUCUGUUCAGGUGUUGAGGGUAUUGCCCAGGCCUACUCUGCUUGUCUCCCUCACAUCCGCUUCUACGGCCCUACAAACUUCGCCCCCAUCAUCAACCAUGUAGCACGCUUUGCGACGCAGGCCCUGCAGCAAGAGAGAGCAGCGCAGUACUUCACCCUCCUCAUAAUAACAGACGGUGUCAUAAGUGAUAUGGAUGAGACACGCCAGGCCAUCGUACAGGCUGCUAAGCUGCCCAUGUCAAUCAUCAUCAUUGGUGUGGGCAACGCAGACUUUGCCGCGAUGGAGUUCCUGGACGGUGACGCAAGCGUCUUGAGGUCCAACACAGGAGAGGAGGCUGUUCGGGACAUUGUGCAGUUUGUCCCGUUCAGGGACUUCCGUAAUGCACCAAAGGAGACUCUGGCCAAGUCGGUGCUGGCCGAGCUGCCUCAGCAGGUCACCCAGUACUUCAAGCAGCGGAAUCUAUCGCCCAACAAGCCAGCGCCCGAGUGAGAUGCCCUGAAGACAGGAGUCCACAAGCUGUACAAUAUUCCAACAAAACCUCUCUUCUUCUCCUUGUUAUGGCAAACAGUACGCAAUGCCACUGCUGUGAACAAAUGUGAAUAAAAAAUUAUUUAUGGACAGAAAACGUCAAAUACCUCCCCAAUAUUAUAUUUGCUUUAUUGUUAAGAAAAUGGCCACUCUGUUAUUAUUUAUAAUAUGUAAAGGACCUUGCAUGUCUACAUUGAUGGCAGGCAUCUCCAAAUGAUUUCAUCCAUAUACAGUCAGGAUUGGCUUUUUUCAAAGAAUCUUGAUUUAUCAGGAUCUAGAAUUAUUGCUUUAUGCAUGUGUGUUAUGUGAUUGAUACCAUGUGAUACAUACAACUCCUUGGUGUGAAGUCACUCCUAAGUUGAAAUAUAUCAGUGGUUGAAAUAUUGUCACUUUGUCGUAUGGACCCUUUUGAAAUGGUGGAUCAGAUAAUGCGUGUUUUCAUUUGUGCUCAGCGAUGGGCUCGCAGAUUGAGCCUGGCUGUGGGCAAAGGCUGGAUGGAUGACUGCCAUUUGCUGGUGACUACUAUUUGCAUAUACUGUACAGCCUAAGCACAUGAUCCAACAGAGCAUGAUUCGUUCAGUAACGCUCCACCACCAAGAGGAGGGUUUCAUUUUCAGAUUACAGAAGUGACAUCCAAUCACACGAGAGGCAGCGGUUUGGUGUUCCAGUAGGCCUGUUUCAUUGACAAAAUGUGAGACAGAGUCAGCUACAGCAGCAUCUCCUGCUCUAAAACAGUUCAGUUCAUCCUGCAUGUUGCCAGUAUCUACUCUGUUUACAAAAUGAUGCAUGAUCUAUUUUUUUCAAAUUAUGUAUUUAUCUGAGUUUGUAAAUUUUAAUCUGAUUACAUUCGGUGGAAAAGAGAUGAAAUGUAUUACAUGGCAAAGGGAGAUGUGUGAUUGUGUAAGAGAAGGCUAUCACUUAACAGUUGGAUGGAGUCAGAGCAAAAUUUGCCAUGCACAUUGAAUGUAUAUUUAUAAAAUGUCAUUCAUGUUCUGACAAGCCAAUGUUUAUGACAUGUUUUUAAUGUACCUUUUAUGCAGUGCUAAAUUGUGUACUUGUGCAUUGUUGUGUAUCUUUGUAAUAAACAUGUUGC